AUGGUACUAAACAUUGUCUCCUCUUUAUCAUUUCUCACCAUGGAGAUUAAUCCUAAAGCUUUCACUCUUAUCCCUAUGUUAGUUCUUUUAUCUAUCUUUCAUCUUUCUUUGAUUUCUUGUCGUAAAGUUGUAAAUGGCUUCACUCUGGAUCUUAUCCAUCGUGAUUCUCCUCUUUCACCUUUUCACGACCCAUCAAACACUCCAUCUGAACGCCUUCAAAAUGCCUUCCACCGGUCAUUCUCCCGGGCUUCCUUUUUUGAGAAAAAAUGUGUCAAUUCAAUCCAAUCGACUCUUACUCCAAAUGAAGGUGAAUUCCUCAUGAAAAUCUCAAUUGGUACUCCCCCAAUAGACACUUUUGUCAUUGCUGACACUGGUAGUGACUUGACAUGGACACAAUGUGAGCCUUGUGUUAAUUGCUUCAAACAAUUAACACCUAUUUUCAAUCCCAAGAAUAGCUCUUCUUAUAAAACUAUUGGUUGUAACAAUAAAAUUUGCCAAAUAGGGUUAUGUAAGAAUAAUAAAUGUACUUAUGAAGUGAGUUAUGGUGACCUAUCUCACACUAUGGGUGAUCUUUCUAUUGAAACUUUCAGAUUUGCUUCAACUUCUGGUAAAAAUGUUUCAAUUCCUAACAUUGUGUUUGGUUGUGGACAUGACAAUAGUGGCACAUUCACUAAUGUCACUUCUGGCAUCAUUGGCUUAGGUGGUGGCAAUCUCUCAUUUGUCAAACAAAUGAAUCAAGAAAUCAAAGGGAAAUUUUCUUAUUGUUUAAAACCAUUGGAAUUAUCACCAAUUAAUUCCAACGCAACUAGUCACAUCAACUUUGGUCACAAUGCUAUUGUAUCUGGUCCUGAUGUCAUUUCAACUCCUUUGAUUAAAAAGGAGUCAGCUAUAUUUUACUAUCUAAAUUUGAAAGGUAUCAGCAUUGGAAACAUGACAUCGGAAUUCAAAUCUUCUCCAAUUUCUCCUCCCGUUGGUGGUGGUGAUGGUGAUGAUCAAGGUAAUAUUAUAAUUGAUUCUGGCACGACGUUAACAUAUGUGCCUGAUGGUUUUUACUUGAAUUUGGAAUCAAUGUUGAUGCGUUCGAUCAAUGCGACUAGGAAGGACCAUCCUUAUGAGAAUCUUGGUUUGUGUUAUGAAUCUAAUGAGAAUGGUACUAUUGAUGUUCCAAAGAUUGUUGCACAUUUUACAAAUGCAGAUUUAGUGUUGUCAACUUCAAACAUUUUUACACAAGUUAAGAAAGGUAUAGUUUGUUUGACAAUAGUGCCAGGAAAUCAAGUUUCUAUACUUGGAAAUUUGGCACAAGCCAAUUUCUUAAUUGGAUAUGAUCUUAAGGCCAACAAAGUGUCCUUUAAGCCUACAGAUUGCACUAAGUACUAA